AUGCUGUCUUCUGAAUGGUCAGGGACUGCCAGCACCCACAGCCUCUCCAGUGUUACAGAGGAGAAAACCAGCACCUCUCCGUCUACCAGUUCUAUCCCCCUGGAGACCAAGACUCCACUGUCCAUCACUACAGUGGAGACUAAGAGCACAGUGAGUUCCUCCACUGAGCCAUCUGAGACUUCAUCACCGGAAACAGUCAUCAAUUUGACUGCCACCUCAGCCUCUAGCCCCAGCUUCACAAAAUCUAAAAGCAAGGCCACUAGUCCAACUGAGAUCUCUUCAUCUCACCCCAUGGAGAAGCUCACAGACACCGUCAGUGCUUCUGCAGGGCUCACUGGCGGCGCGGAAGGCCCUGGGAGCUCUGGCAUCCUCAGUAGCCACAUUCCCAGUGCCACUUCACCAGUCACCUGCUUCUACUGGCGACACCAGUCCAAGCUCGAGGGCUCCUCUGUUGACAUCCACUUCACCUCACACUCGGGAAUGCUGACUGCCCUUGGGACAUCAAAUGACACAGUCAGCUCCAGCAGAACAAGAUUGGUCAUCACAUCCCCAGCUGUCUCUCCUGAUUUUCUAGACAUAACAGACUCACUGGCCACUAGACCAGAGGGAGAGACCAACACAGCAGUUCCCAGGACAACUCUGUCUGUUCUCAAGGGUGAAUCAGACACUACAACUUCACUGAUCCCAAACACAACAACCUCAAUGGUCACAGAUUCUUCAAAGACCAGCCUACGUGUCCCCAGGACAACUCCAAGUGUUUCCCCCAGUGAAGCAGACAGUACACCCUCAAUGUCCAUGAUUCCAACUCUGACUGUCUCACCUGGUGUCCUGAAUGUGGUGACUUCACCGGUCCCUAGCUCUGGGGAGAAGACCGUUAUGACCUCACUGGUCACUAGUUCUGGGGCAGAGACCAGUACAACUAUUCCAGCUGUGACUGGUUCUCCAGUUCAGUCAGUAACCACAGCCUCAUUGACCACUUAUUCUGAGAUAGAGUCCAGUUCAGCUAUUUCCACUCCAAUUAUCUCCUCUAGUGAGCAUGGAGAGAAUGCUUCACUGGCUACUAGUUCUAGGGCAGAGACCAGUACAACUAUUCCAGUUAUGAUGGAUUCCCCAAGUCAAUCAGUAACCACAGCCCCACUGACCUCUUAUUCUGGGGCACAUACCAGUUCAUCAGUUUCGUCUCCCUCUGUCUCAUCUAGUGAGCAGGACCUGGUAACCUCACCCAUCACUAGUUCUAUGGAAGAGACUACCACGGUUAUCCAAACUCUCACUGUUGCCUCUGGCGAGUCAGAUACAACCACCUCCUUGGUCACAUAUCCCGCAGAUACCAGCCCAAAUAUUUCCUGGACAAUGUCAAUAAUUUCCCACAGUGAAGUAGACAGCACACCUUCACUAACCACCAGUCCUGGAGAAGAAGCCAGCUCCUCUGUUCCAGCUCUGACAGUCUCACUUGGUGUCCUGGAUAAAAUCACUUCACUGGUCCCUAGCAACGAGGCAGAGACCAGCAUAGCUGUUCAAACCCUGACUAAUUCCCCAGGCCAGCAAGAGAGCACACCCUCAGUAGUUACCCAUCCUGGGACAGACAUAAGUUCAACCGUUCCAACUCCAACUAUCUCUACUGUUUUAUCAGGAAUGGUGACCUCACAGGUUACUAGUUCUGAGGAAGAGACCAGUACAACUAUUCCAACUUUCAUUGUUUCUACUAGUGAGCCAGGAGCCACACCCACAUUGGCCAGCCAUCGUGGGACUGAGUCUAGUUCAGCCAAUCCAACUCUGAUCGUUUCCAGUGAUGUGACAGAGCUGGUGACUCCACUGAUAACAAGCUCUGGAGUUGAGACAAGUGCAACUGUUCCAGUGCUGACUGUUUUUUCUGAUGAACCAAAGACCACAGCUUUGCCAGUCACCUAUUCUAGUGCUAAGUCCAGUCCAGCUGUUCCAUCUGUAACUGUUUCUCUGGGUGAACCAGGAGCAGUGACUUCCUUUGUGACUAGUUCUGAAGCAGAGACCAGUGCAAAAACAAGUUCAUAUAUUCCUACUCUGACUGUCUUCCCUGGUUCAUCAGAAAUUAUGGCCUCUCUGGGUACUAGCUCUGCCUCAGAGACCAGUAGAACUAUUCCAACUCUGACUAUCACUUCUGGUGGACCAGAAGCCACAUCUUUACCAGUAACCCAUCCUGGGACUCAGUCUAGUUCAGCCAUACCAACUCUGAUUGCUUCCACAACCUACCCAACAGCAGAAGUGACUUCAUCUGCUCCUGCUCCAACUUCCUCACCUGAUUUAUCAGGAAUGAUGACCUCAUUGGCCACUAGUUCUGGGACAGAGACCAGUACACUUACAACAGCUUCAACUCUGACUGUUUCUUCUAGUGAACCAGAAACUACAUCCCUAUUGAUCAAUCAUCCUGAGCUUGAGACCAAAAGCACAGCCUUACCAAUCACCCACCCUGAGGCUAAGUUCAGUUCAACUCCUCCAAUAUUAACUGCUCCCUCUGGUGUGCCAGAAGUGGUGACUUCACUGGUCACUGGUUCUGAACUAGAGACCAGCAUAAGUAUUUCGACAGUGACUGAUUCACUGCAUGAACCAGAAACUUCUGCCUUACCUACUGAGCUCAGUUCAUCUGUUUCCUCUCAGUCUGCCUCAGCUGGUAUACCAGGGAUGGUCACCUCCUCAGUCACUAGUUCUGGUGUCGAGGGCAGUACAACUGUCCAAAUGCUAACUGCUUCUCCCAGCGAACCAGAGACCUCAACUUUCUUGAUUACUCACUCCAGUGCAGAGCCAAGCCCAGCUAUUCAUGCUUCUACUGUUGCUCCUCAUAAUUCAGAACCUACAGUCUCGCUAGUGAACACACCUGGCAUGAAAAUGAGUACAGCCUUUCCAGCUCAGACUGUAUCCCUCGGAGCAAAGACAACAUCUUCUCUGUUCACUGAACCCAGGACUGCAACCAGCAGAUAUAAUCUAUCUCCAAUUGUUUCAUCUGGAAGUCCCACAGAAACGUCCCCAUUAUCCACCCUUCCUGGGACAAAGACCACCUCAAGUAUCUCAACAUCAACUCUUUCCCUUGGUUUAUCAGAGACCACAGAACAGGCCACAGAACACACAAGUAUUCCAACCCUAACUGCUUCCCCUGGUGUACCUGGACCUGUCACUGUCCCUGAAACAGCCAGGGAACCUAAUACUGUAACUUCCUGGAACACAGAAACCUCACCACUCAUGACCUCAGUUGGACUCUCAGAAUCUCCCAGAACGAUUCCAGGAGCCAGUGUGACCUUGAUACCAUCAGAAGCACCAACAUCUUCUAAAACUAGUCAUGGAGAAGGGCCAAGUCCAACCACUAUCCUACAAACUACAAGUGUUGAGAUCACUGAUUCAGCUACCACAGGUACAGGUGCUAAUGUGGUCAACACAACAGCCACCUUCAGUACCCUGUCUGGAAGUUCCUCUACUCUUCAAACCACACCUGGGCUGUCCACCUGGGCCUCUACGAGUGGGACUCCAGCAACAAGUAAGAGGAACUUUUUAACUUCUUCUUUUUCUCUUGGAGUACAGUUCUACCCUGGCAUACCUGCGGUUCCUAUCUUGAUACCUUUUACUGUCAACUUCACCAUCACUAAUCUGCGCUACGUGGAGGAUAUGCGACAACCGGAAUCGGAGAUAUUCACCACCACUGAGAGGUUCCUGCAGCGCCUACUCAGACCCUUGUUUAAGAACAGCAGUAUCAGCUCCCUCUUUGCUGACUGUCAGCUGAUCACAUUCAGGCCUGAAAAAGAUGCAGCUUCUACUGGAGUGGAUGCUGUCUGUACCUAUCGGCCUGAUCCCACAAGCACUGGACUGGACAGAGAGCAACUCUACUGGGAGCUGAGCAACAAGACCCAGGGUGUUACCUGGCUGGGUGCCUACACCCUGGAGAGGGACAGUCUCUACAUCAAUGGCUACACACAUCGAGGCUCAGCAGCCACCACUAGUGGGAUGUCAGUUGGACCAGUUCCCUUCUCCAGCCCCACAGCAGUGACCCCCUUCCUGAUGCCGUUCACCCUGAACUUCACCAUCACCAACCUUUGGUACACGGAUGACAUGCAGAUCUGGGGCUCUGACAAGUUCAACUUCACUGAGAAGAUCCUACAGCGCUUGCUCAGGCCCUUGUUUCAGAAGAGCAGCCUGGGAUUCCUCUACUCUGACUUCAAACUAGCCGCACUCAGGCCUGAGAAGGAUGGAACAGCCACUGGAGUAGAUGCCAUCUGCACCCAUUACCCUGACCCUGAGGGCUCUGGAGUGGACAGAGAGAAGCUGUACUGGGAGCUGAGCCAGUUGACCCACGGUGUCACUAAGCUGGGCCCCUACACCUUGGCCAAGGAUAGUCUCUAUGUCAACGGUUUCACCUAUCAGGAGUCUGCACCCAUCACCAGCACUCCUGGAACCUCAACAGUGGAAGUGGGAACACAGCCCUCUUCAAUCAGCCCCACAGCUACAAGUCCUACUAUGCUGUUCUUCACCCUGAACUUCACCAUCACCAACCUGCACUUCUCUGAGAACAUGGGGUAUCCCGGGUCUGCAAAGUUCAACACCACCGAGAGGGUCCUGCAGCGCCUUCUUGGUCCUUUGUUCAAGAACACGAGUGUCGGCACCGUCUACUCCAGCUGCAGAGUGACCUCGCUCAGAUCUGAGAAAAAAGGAACGGCAACCAGCGUGGAUGCUGUGUGCACUUACCUCUCAGACCCAACCAGCACUGGCUUGGACAGAGAGCAAUUAUACUGGGAGCUGAGCCAGGAGACCCAAGAUGUCACCCAGCUGGGCCCCUACACGCUGGACAAGGACAGCCUUUACGUCAACGGUUACACUUAUCAGGUCCUGACCUCCACCCUGAGCAAGGCCCAGCAGAGGCAAACCCAGCCCAGGCCUGAGGUGGAAGAGGAAAAAGGGUGUAAGGCCCCAGGCGGCUGCUACCUCGACCUUCUCCGCAGCAACUCCUGUGGCGACCUCUGCAAGCCCCACAGCCCGAUGAAGCUCCAGGCCAGCUCCUCGACGCUGCGCUCCUUCGCCUCGGGUGCCAACUUCCAGUACAUCAUCACAGAGAAGAAGGGGAAGAGUAGCAACGUGGGGCUGAUCCAACUGAACCGCCCCAAGAUGCUCAAUGCGCUGUGCAAUGGCCUCGUAAUGGAGCUGAACCAGGCACUGGAGGCCUUCGAGGGGGACCCGGCCGUGGGGGCUAUUGUCCUUACCGGAGGGGAGAAGGCCUUUGCAGCGGGAGCAGACAUCAAAGAGAUGCAGAACCAGACGUUCCAGGACUGCUACUCUGGCAAGUUCUUGAGCCACUGGGACAGACUCGCCCAAGCCAGGAAGCCAGUGAUUGCUGCAGUCAAUGGCUAUGCUCUGGGCGGGGGCUGUGAGCUGGCCAUGAUGUGUGACAUCAUCUACGCAGGGGAGAAGGCCCAGUUUGGACAGCCUGAGAUCCUCUUAGGAACCAUCCCAGGUGCAGGGGGCACGCAGAGGCUCACGAGGGCCAUCGGCAGAUCGCUGGCUAUGGAAAUGAUCCUCACUGGGGACCGGAUCUCAGCCCAGGAGGCCAAGCAGGCAGGUCUUGUAACCACUGGCCCUGCCUUGGUGUUCUUCACCCUCAACUUCACCAUCACCAACCUCCUCUAUCAGGAAGACAUGCUUCCUCCUGGCUCCUUGAAGUUCAACAUCACAGAGAGGAUCCUACAGCGCCUGCUUGGGCCCUUAUUCAAGAACACCACGCUCGGCUUUCUCUACGCUGGCUGCAAACUGACCUCACUCAGGCCUGAGAAGGAUGGGGCAGCCACCGGAGUGGACUCCAUCUGCUACUACCAUCCUGACACCGAGGGCUACAGGCUGGACCGAGAGCAGCUGUACUGGGAACUGAGCAGGCUGACACACGGAGUCACUCGGCUCGGCCCCUACACCCUGGACAGUGACAGUCUCUAUGUCAAUGGAUACACCCAUCAGACCUUGACCGUGACUCCCAGCCGCAAGGGAUCAUCCACUGAGGAGCAUCUGAGUUCCACACAGGAUUCCUUAUGUGCCUUCCCUGUUGCAGCCACCAGUCCAACCCUGCUGUUCUUCACCUUGAACUUCACCAUCACCAACCUGCGCUACUCCGAGAACAUGGGCCAUCUGGGAUCUGCCAAGUUCAACAACACUGAGAAGGUCCUACAGCGCAUUCUUGGUCCUUUGUUCAAGAACACCAGCGUCGGCACCCUUGACUCCAGUUGCAGAGUGACCUCGCUCAGACCCGAGAAGGACGGGGCAGCCACUGGAGUGGACGCCAUCUGCACUCACCACGCUGACCCCGAGGGCCACGAGAUAGACCGAGAAGAGCUAUACUGGGAGCUGAGCAAGCUGACUGAUGGGGCCACGCGCCUGGGUCCUUACACCCUGGACAAGGACAGUCUCUAUGUCAAUGGUUACACCCACAAGACCUCAGCCACCACUCCUAACACCACAAGUCCAACCCUGCUGUUCUUCACCUUGAACUUCACCAUCACCAACCUACGCUACUCUGAGAGCAUGGGGUAUCCUGGAUCUGCCAAGUUCAACAACACUGAGAAGGUCCUACAGCGCAUUCUUGGCCCGUUGUUUGAGAACACCAUCAUUGGCACCCUCUACUCCAGCUGCACCAUCACCUCGCUCAGGCCUGAGAAGGGUAGAGCCGGCACUGAAGUGGACGCUGUCUGCACCUACCACUCAGACCCAACAAGCACUGGGCUGGACAGAGAGCUGCUGUACUGGGAGCUGAGUCGUGGGACGCAAGGUGUCACCCAGCUGGGUCCCUACACCCUGGACGAGGACAGCCUUUAUGUCAAUGGUUACACCCAUCAGGCCCUGCCCUCCACCCUCAGCAGUGAGUCAUUGCACCCUGCUGCUACUGCCUCUACCGUCUACCCAGCAACCACUGCAGCUCUGGUUCCUGUCUCCACAGCCAUUGGCCCUGCCCUGGUGUCAUUCACCCUCAACUUCACCAUAACCAGCCUCCCCUAUGAGGAAGAUAUGCAUUCCCCAGGUUCCUUGAAAUACAACACCACAGAGAGGAGCCUACAGCGACUGCUUGGGACCUUGUUCAAGAAUACCAGUGUUGGACCCUUCUACGCUGGCUGCAGGCUGACCUCACUCAGGCCCAAGAAGGAUGGAAUAGCCACUGGAGUGGACACCUUCUGUGCCUACUACACUGUCUCCGAGGGCUACAGUCUGGACAGAGAGGAGCUGUACUGGGAACUGAGCAAGCUGACCCAUGGGGUCGCCCACCUGGGCCCCUACACCCUGGACAGUGACAGUCUGUAUAUUAAUGGUUACACCCACCAGAACUUCACCAUGACCGCCAGCAGUGAGUAUUCUUCAGAAAAACUGAUAACCCCAUGGACACUGUCAAAACUCCCCAGCAACCCUCCCUCAACCCCUGGCCCUGUCCUAAUGCCCUUCACCCUCAACUUCACCAUCACCAACCUGUACUACACAGAGGACAUGCAACCAGGCUCUGCCAAGUUCAACUCCACGGAAUCCAUCCUACAGUGGCUGCUCAAGCCCUUAUUCAUCAACAGCAGCCUUGGUGCCCUCUACGCUGGCUGCAGACUAACCACACUGAGACCUGAGAAAGAUGAAGAAGCUACGGGAGUAGAUGCCAUCUGCAUGCACCACCCUGACCCCACAGGUCUUGGCUUGGACAGAGAACAGCUCUACUGGGAUUUUAGCCACCAGACCCACAAUAUCACCCAGCUGGGUCCCUACACCCUGGACAGGGACAGUCUCUAUGUCAAUGAUCUAGCACAGGGCUCACAGAGGGUGGCAGCUUCCUCUCUCCCUGUGACAGCCCCUGGCUCUAUCCUGGUGCCCUUCACCCUCAACUUCACCAUCACCAACCUGCUCUACACGGAGGACAUGCAUGUUCUGGGCUCCUUGAAAUUCAACGCUAUGGAGAAGGCCCUGCAGUUACUGCUCGAGCCCUUGUUUGAGAACACCAGUAUCGGCUCUUUGUACUCUGGCUGCAGACUGACCUCUCUCAGGCCUGAAAAAGAUGGAACAGCUACCAGUGUAGAUGCCGUAUGCACCUAUCGUCCCCAUCAAGCAGACCUUGGGCUGGACAGCGAAGGGCUGUACCUGGAGCUGAGCCAGUUGACCCAGGGCAUCACCAUGCUAGGGCCCUAUACUCUGGACCAAGGCAGUCUCUACAUCAAUGGUUACACCCACCAGAUUUCAGAAACUACUCCCAAUACCACAAGCCUCGCCCUGGUGCCCUUCACCCUCAACUUCACCAUCCUCAACCUGCCCUACACUGAGGCCAUGGGGCCUCCUGGCUCCAUAAAUUUCAGCACCAUGGAGAAGGUCCUGCAGUAUCUGCUUGAGCCCUUGUUCAAGAACACCACUGUUGGCCCCCUAUUUUCUGGUUGCAAACUGAGCUUGCUCAGGCCCAAGAAAGAUGGGGAAGCCACUGGAGUGAAUGCCAUCUGCUCCCACCAUCCCGACCCUGAGGGACUUGAUCUGGACAGAGAGCAGCUCUACUGGGAGCUGAACCAGCUGACCCAUGGAGUCACCCAACUGGGCCCUUACACCCUAGAGAAAGAUAGUCUCUAUGUCAAUGGUUAUACCAACUGGACUUCAGCUACCACCUCCAACCCUCCUGAACCUCCCCUGGUGCCAUUCACCCUCAACUUCACCAUUACCAACCUGAGCUAUAUGGAUGACGUGGGACAACCAGGCUCCACAAAGUUCAACUUGACCGAGAAAACCCUGCUGCACCUACUUGGGUCCUUGUUUGAUGAGACCAGUGUCGGUUCCCUCUACGCUGGCUGUUCACUGACCUUGCUUAGGCUGAAGGCUGGCAGGGAAGCCACCAGAGUGAAUGCCAUCUGCACCUACCAUCCUGACCCUGAGGGCCCCUGGCUGGACAGAGAGUGGCUUUACUGGGAGCUGAGUGAGCUGACUGAUGGGGUCACCCAGUUGGGUCCAUACGUUUUGGACAGGAAUAGUCUCUAUGUCGAUGGUUACACCCACUGGACUUCAACCACCACCUCUAAUAUCACUGAACCGACCCUGGUUCCAUUCACCCUCAACUUCUCUAUCACCAAUCUGCGUUACACAAAUGACAUGGGACGCCCAGGUUCCGAGAAGUUCAAUUCCACUGAACGAGUCCUGCAGCAGCUGCUUGGACCCUUGCUCAAUAAGACCAGUGUUGGCCCUCUCCUCUCUGGAUGCACUCUGACCUCACUUAGGCCUGAGAAGGGCAGAGCGACUACUAGAGUGGACACUGUCUGCACCUACCACGCUGACCCUGCAGGGCCCCAGCUAGACAGAGAGCAGCUGUACUGGGAGCUGAGCCAGUUGACUUAUGGUGUCAACCGAUUGAAGUACUACAGCCUAGACCGGGACAGUCUUUACGUCAACGGUUACAAUUAUGGAGCAGAGGCUUCAGUCAACAUCACUGGAGAGAUCAGCGAGAAGCUGUUCACCCUGAACUUCACCAUCGACAACCUACGCUACUCAGCUGACAUGGGGCGGCCUGGCUCCCUCAAGUUCAACAUCACGGACACCCUCAUGCAGCACCUGCUCAGCCCCUUAUUCUUGAUGAGCAGUCUGGGUGCCCGAUUCGCAGGUUGCAGGGUCACCACUCUCAGGUCUGUGAAGAACGGUGCCUGGACCAGGGUGGACGCCCUCUGCACCUACCGGCAGCCACACAGUGGUCCAGGCCUGCAUGCCAAGCAGGUAUUCCAUGAGCUGAGCUGGCAGACCCGGGGCAUCACUCGGCUGGGCCCCUACUCGCUGAACAAAGACAGUCUCUACCUCAACGGUUAUAAUGAACGUGGUCCAGCUGAGCCUCCUACAACUCCUGAACUGGCCACCACCGUCCUUCCUCCAUCAUCAGCACCUGUUCCAGAAGCCACCACAGCUACAGAGCACACUCUGAAGACCUUCACACUCAACUUCACCAUCUCCAACCUCCGAUAUUCACCAGACAUGGGCAACCCUAGCUCUGCCAUAUUCAACUCCACUGAGAGGGUCCUACAGCAUCUGCUCAGGCCCUUGUUCCAGAAGAGCAGCCUGGGCCCCUUCUACUCGGGUUGUAGACUGAUCUCCCUCAGGCCUGAGAAGGACAGCGCAGCCACAACCAGAGUGGAUGCCAUUUGCACCUACUACCCUGAGCCUGUGAGCCGCACCCUGGACAGAGAGCAACUGUACUGGGAACUGAGUCAGCUGACCCAAGGCAUCAGCCAUCUGGGGCCCUACACCCUGGACAGGGACAGCCUCUAUGUCAAUGGUUAUACAUCCCAAAGUUUAUCAAGCCAGAGUGAGUACCAACUGCGUUUUCGCAUCGUCAACCAGAAUAUCAGUGAGCUGGACCCUGCAUCCUCCGAGUACACUGCCUUGCUGUGGGACAUCCAGGACAAGGUCACCGCUCUCUACAAAAGCAGCCAACUACGAGCUGUGUUCCGCUCCUGCCUGGUCACUGACCUGAAGUUGAACUCUGCAUUGGUGACCCUCAGGGUCCUGUUCUCCUCCAAUCUGGACCCCAGUGUGGUGGAGGAAGUCUUCCUAGCCAGGACCCUGAAUGCCUCCUCCCACUGGCUGGGUGCCACCUACCAGUUGGAAGACCUCCAUGUGACCGAAGUGGAGCCAUCGCUUCCUCUUCUGACAGAGAAACCGACAAGCAGCCCCAACCUUCAGCACUUCCGCUUGAAUUUCACCAUCACCAACCUUCUGUAUUCCCAAGACAUAGCCUGGCCAAACUCCACCAAACACCAGCGGAACAAGAGAAAUAUCAAGGAUGCUCUCAACCAGCUCUUCCACAACAGCAGCAUCAAGAAUUCUUUUUCAGGCUGUGAAGUUACAGCAUUUAGAUCUGUUCCUCAGAGCAACCACACUGGGGUGGAUUCCCUGUGUGAUUUCUCACCUUUGACUCGGAAACUGGACAGAAUUGUUAUCUAUGAGGAGUUUCUACGGCUAACUCAGAAUGGCACCCACCUACGGAACUUCACUCUGGACAGAAACAGUGUCCUCGUGGAUGGAUAUUCUACCAACAUACAUGAAGCCUUGACUAAGAAUACUGAACUCCCCUUCUGGGCCAUCAUCCUCAUCUGUUUGGCGGGACUCCUAACCCUCAUCACUUGCCUGAUCUGCUGUUUCUUGGUCACUGUCUGUCAUCGGAAGAAGGAGGGGGACUACGAGGUGCAGCGCCACCGCCUGGGCUACUACCUGCCACACCUAGAUCUGAGGAAGCUGCCAUGA